UGCAUUUGCAGUAGUGAAUCAUGGUCUCCGCCAACUCCAACUCCAGGCCAUCUCAGCCGCAUGGUUAUGCCACUGCUGCGACUGGGAUCCCGAUCAACUCCACCCCGCCAUUUCACCCUGAGAAGCCGGAGCCAAGACCCCCGAACCCUCAGAGACAGAGUAAGGUCGCCUGGUCCACCGGCCUCUGCGGUUGUUAUUCCGAUUGUGACAGCUGUUGCUUGACGUGCUGCUGUCCAUGCAUUACGUUUGGCCGGAUUUCUGAGAUCGUCGACCGAGGAUCCAGCUCUUGUUGUCUGAAUGGAACACGCUACACAUUGCUAUCGUUUGUGGCGUUGUCGUGCUUCUAUUCGUGUUGCUACCGCUCCAAAAUGAGGCAGCAAUACUUGCUCCAAGAAUCUCCCUGCUGCGACUGCUGCGUCCAUUUCUUCUGCCAGACUUGUGCUCUCUGUCAAGAGUAUCGCGAGCUUAAGAAUCGUGGAUUUGACAUGACCAUCAGAUGGCAUGGAAAUAUGCAGAGACAGAAUCGGGGGAUAGCCAUACCUCCAGUCGUUCAAGGAGGAAUGACCAGAUAAUUUUGUUUCUGCAAAUCUCCAUCUAUAUAUAUACACACUAUAAUGUUUUCAAUUCCAUGCAAAUAUCGUGUGUUUAUUUUUCUACUGUAAACCAAUAAUUCAAUUUUGUUGCACUUAUAAUUAUUCAGUCGGACUUAUCAAUAA